CCAUGAAUAUCUUAAUACUACUGAUCGGUAUUUUAAUCAUCAAUCAUGGAACAUCAGCCAUUCCUGUCCAAGUUUAUGGAGUACCAAGUGAACCAACUGAAGAACCUUUGUUGACAACUGAACAUUCGUCCGAAUCAGUCAAUAAAAUGGAACCAUUUAGAAUUUCCAAAUACAGAUAUUUCGUCCUGGAAUCACUACAACCAUUUUUUGUUUAUGAUGUACCGGUCCAACCAAUUGAAAAUUCUAUUAAACCCGCAAAACUUGGUGAAGUAUAUGAUGAACCGCAAGAACCACCUAGUAAAUUUUAUGGCACACCGGAAUUCGUAUGGCAUUUGAGAAAAAAACGAAAACUACCUGAAAGCUUGCCAGUAGAUCAUAACCAAAAUGUACCAACUGGAUCUCAAACAUCGGUCGAAGUUUAUAAAAUUCCUGACGGACCAGUACCAUUACUUGGAACAAGACUCUCAGAAAAGAUUUUAGAUGAAAUGAUAAAAGAAGCUAUGCUAAAAGCUGAACGUGAGAGGAAAAUCUUGAACCACGAAUGGGUUCCUUUUGACUAAACAGAAAAUAAUAUUUGUAUUUAAUAAAUUAAUACUGUAUUUAAAUGUUUUGUGUUAAGUAUCAUCCUGAACAACAAUAAAUAAAAGUUUAAUUUUCAUUUUUAAUAAAAAAUAUGUAAAAAAAGUUAUGUAAAAUUAUUUUAAACACCCACUGCACUGAAAAUAUCAAAUAACAUUGCAUUUAUGUAUAUAGUGUACUUCU